GUUCAUUAUUCAGGAAAAUAUGAAAAACAUCUCAACAUAAUGGUUAGAUAUUGUUGUAAUGAUGGUGUUUGUAAGUUGAAAAGUCAUUGGAAUUGUAUAUUUAAUUUCUCUUCAAUAAAAUUACCCCACCCAUUUUGAAAUGGUGGUUGAUAAUAAUACACGUUUAUAUUGGGACACGCGUUACGUUUUUGUACAAAGAUCGGAAGGAUUUAACUUCCGUGUAUUGAAAUUGUGUGAUGUGUGAUAUUACUGAAGGAUAAUGGAUAUUAAUAAAUGAAUGCAUUCUCAGAAAGUGACGUGCUUUACAUACAAGUAAGCACUGGCACUUCAGAGAAUUGUUCAAAAACUCCAUUGGAUUUUAAAUGAAAUGCAGGUAAGUGAUUUAGACUAUAUAUUUUAUCGUUAUUUAAUAAUAAAGUUUAAUUGUCUUUUUUUGUAGACAAUCAUGCAAGUUAGAGAAAAUAUAGUUGAUCUUCUUACAAAUGGUCAACUAUUAGAACGGUACAGAUUUGAUAGAAAUGGGUUGAUGUUUCUGGAACAAUUACUUGGCCCAAGAAUACAGCCAGCAACUCACCGACAUAAUAGUCUCUCUGCUAUGGAAAAAAUCCUUUUGACCUUAAGAUCCUUGGCCACUGGUGGCAUACAAUUGAAUGAUGCCGACAUACACAAUGUUUCACAGUCCACCGUUUCUAAAGUAAUUAACGAGGUUACACAACAACUUUCAUCUCAACGGUUUGUAAACAGAUUUAUUAAAUUUCCAACCACCAUUCAAGAGCUAGAUGUUCAGGUAGAACAUUUUCAUGGAAUUGCCCGAUUUCCAAGAGUGGUAGGAUUAAUUGAUGGAACUCAUGUUCGAAUAAAGGCGCCAUCAGAAGAUGAAGCAGUGUAUGUGAAUCGAAAAGGUUUUCACAGUAUAAAUGUUCAAAUUGUCAUUGAUGCUUUUGACAAAAUAACAAAUAUUGUUGCACGUUGGCCUGGAAGUGUGCAUGACAGUAGAAUUCUUAAUAACAGUGGUCUACGCCAGAUGUUUGCGGACGGGCAUAUUCCCUUUAGAGGCAGAUAUCACAUUCUGGGCGACAGUGGAUAUGCAUGUUCAGAAUGGCUGCUUACACCAUAUCUGAAUCCACAGCCAGGUAGUCAGAGUGCCUACAACAGAUCAUUGAAGAUUACACGGGCAAAAGUAGAAAGAGGAAUCGGACAACUGAAAAGAAGGUGGGGUGUGUUACAUGGUGAAGUUAGAAUGAAACCAGAAAGAGUCUGCAGGAUUAUCAUCUCCUGUGCAGUGUUGCAUAACAUCUGCAAAGACCUGAACAUUCCGAUACCUGAUGAUUAUCCAGUAAUACAGGAAGAUGAUCAGAACGAUGAUAACAACAAUAUGAAUGCAGGAGUUGCACAAAAUGGACUGCGUUACCGGGAUCAAAUUGCUAAUACAUACUUUUAGAUAUUAUUUGAAGUUUCAUGUGAGGCUUAGAAAACUAGACACACAAGCCUUGGCCACUAUUAAAUAAAAAUAUAA